AUGUCCUCCGGCGACUUUCCCGCUGCCAGGGACGCCUUCGAGGCAGCCGCCAACGCGGCGUCCUCCGGUGACUCGGCGAUGGCCUGUGAGGAGGUUCUGGCAGCGGAAAACAACCUGGCCGUGUGCAGGUUCUACACCAAGGACCUGAGAGGUGCCCGGGAGCGUCUGGAGGUGUUGGUGAAGAAGGACCCAGUGAAGUUCCUGAAGCCCUGCCUCCUGCAGAACUUGGCAUCUUUGUACGAGUUCUCCCAGGACCCAGCGCUCCUGAAGAAGAAGCUCUGGGAUACGGCCACCGCUGCCCAGCUCGAGGACUUGGAGCCGCUCUGA